UCGUUCUUCGUUCGUUGCUGGUGUAGUACGUGUAGAUUGUGGGCGCGGUAUUGUUCAUAUAGAAAAAUCACACCGUCGCCAUCUUUAAUUUUUUUCACUUGAGAAAAGUGUAAAAAUUACAAUUGUAUCAUAAAAUAUUACUGUGAAAGUAGAAUCUUCGACAGAAGUGUUAAGCAAGUAAAUUAUAGCAAUAAUAAGAAAAUGGCAUUCCGUGGCAACCAAAACCGCAACCGAAACUUCGGCGGUAACAACUAUGGUGGGGGCCCAAUGGGUGCAAACCGCAUGGGAAACAUGAACAUGUCGCCUUGGGAUACACCAAAUGCCGGAGGUAAUUUUGGUGGUGGCAAUAUGCGCCAAGGCGGCGGUGGCCAAGGCAUGAACGCUCAGGCCAUUAAUUUGGCUAAUAAUCUCUUAAACAAUUUGUUCAGAAACCAAAAUCCACCUUCCUUGUUGGAUCUGCCACGCGGCGGUGGAGGCGGUAUGGGCAAUCGCAAUCAACGCGGCGGACCGAUGGUCAAUCGUGGUCCUCCUGGCAAUCGCAUUAAUAAUCGCCGUGUUCAAGGAGGUUUUCAAAACCGUGGCGCCGCUGGUCCUAAAUCAGCUCCAAAACAAGGCGCUGGCGGAAUUCGCAAGCAGAAUGCUUUCGAUCGUGCUAAGAAACUUUUGGCUAAAAACGCCAACAAUAACAAAAAGAAGGAUACCGCUUCUGGCGAUAAGAAAACUGAGAGCAAGGAGUCACCCUAUGCCAGCGUUCCCAACGACAUGUUCUAUUGCCACCUGUGUAAGAAGCAUAUGUGGGACGCCAACUCUUUUGAGAAUCACAUCAAGGGCCGUACUCAUUUGAUGAUGCGCGAGGGCAUUGAAGAGAGCUAUCGCCUAAAGGCAAAUAUGAUUCGUCAGGAGGCCAAGAUCGCCGAGCAACUGAAAUCGAUUGAAUUGGAUCGUUUGAAGCGCAUGGGCAAGACCAAGCAGCGUCAAUUGGAAUACUGUACUAUGUGCGAUCUUAACUUCCAUGGCCAUAUUUCGGCUCAUCGCAAGUCGGAGGGCCAUUUAAGCUUGAAAAAAUUCCUUCAUCCAAAGUGUAUUGAAUGCAACAAGGAAUUUGCUACUCGCAUUGAUUACGACACCCAUUUGUUGUCGGCUGAUCACUUGCAGAAGGCCGCUGAAAAGAAUACCAAGGUGGGCGAGCGCAAACGUAAUACUCUGACCAUUCAUACAGAAGAGGAGGAAUCGAAGGACUUGCGCCCACCACAGAAGAGGAGGAAGAAGCCUGCUGCCAAGAAGGCUGAAGGCGAAACUGAAGUAAAAAAAGAGGGUGAAGAAGCCGCCGACGGUGACGAGGCUGAGGGAGAGGAGGCUGAAAAGAAAGAAGGUGAAGAGGGCGCUGAUGAAACCAAAGAGGGGGACGAAUUGAAUGAAACUCAAGAAGAGGAAGAAGUCGCUUUGCCAGUUGAUCCCGAGGAUUGUAUUGUGGAUUUCGCUGACGGUGAUGAGAUCCCAACUGAAGUUGACAACCGUCUGCCCAAAUACAACUGGACACGUCCAGUGGGUUCCGGUCUCAUCACCAAAUUGGAGUGCUUCGAAUGCUCUCUUUGCGGUAAAUUCUUUGAUACAGAGAAGACAGUUGAGGUGCACUCGCGCACCGUCACUCACCACCGCAACUUCUUGAAAUUCAUCAAUGAGAAGUCUAGCGAUACUAAGAUUGCUCAGAAGCGCGCAGCUGCUGCUCUAGAGGAGAGUGAGCGCAAGAAGCGUAAGUUGGAAGAGGCUGAGGCUGCAGCAACCACUGAAGUUAAGACUGAAAAUGGUGAAGCUGCUGAGGGUGGUGAGGGUGAGCUGUAUGAUCCAUCGGAGGCCACUGGCGACGAUGAGGAUGUUGAGAUGAACGAUAAUGCCGAAGGUGGCGAAGGAGAGGGUGCUGACGCUGAAGAGGAAGGUGCUGGUGACGAAGAAAUGGAAGCACAAGAGAACGAAGCUGAGGCUGAGGCCGAAGCCGAACCUGAGCCAGAACCCGAGCCAGAGCCAGUCAAGGAACAACCAAAACCCGAGCCCGUUAAAACACCUGCUAAAGCCGCUCCAGCAACACCAGCACCAUCAACCCCCGCAGCUGACAACUCGCCCGCCAAAAAGGCAACUCCAGCUCGCGCAACGCCAAAGGCAACACCGCGCGGCCGUGGACGUGGACGCUACAAUCGCUACUAAGCAAAUAGUUUGUGUGUGUAGUAGACAUGACGAAAUUUAGAUUCGUCAACAUUGAGACAUCUUUUAAACUUCGUCAACAACAAAAAUGUAGAGCAUAAAUUAUUACUAGAGCAAAAUAAAUGAUUUCCACUAUUUAAGUUUAGUUGUAAUACUUUCCAACAAUAAUACAUGAAAACGUACAUAUGUUUUGCAACUUGACAAGAUCAAAUAAAUUGAAAACAUAAUGCAAGUAUACAUACAUUAUUAUACAUUAUUCAAUAUUAACAAUCUUAUUACUUUGAUUGCAACUUCUAUUAACAAUAUAGAAAUAUUUACUUGAAAACUUGAGAAAAAAAAUAUGUAUUUGCAAACUUCCAGCAAAUUGUUCGAAACAAAGCAAAUGAAAAAAAAUGAGACCCAAAAAAGCCAGUAAUUCAGUCGAAAGGCUACUUAAAACAAUUUCAUUGUCAAAAUGUAAGGAGUGUGACGCACAUGCAAGCCUUUUUGCAAAUCGCGUGAAUGAGUAUUUAAAUAAUUGUCUUGUGUGAGGUGAUUUGAAUCACAAGCAGAAAGCGUAUAUAAUUCGGUGUACACUGGAUUUUUGCUGUAUUAUGCAUUAUACAAUGUAAAAGCAUAUUUUAAGAGGUAAAUAAAAAAAAACCUUUAGAUGUACGAAAUAUAAAA